AUGUCGGUUCCGGUCAGUGAAACGGAUACGUUUCUGCCGGAUAAAAAGACGGCUGAAAAUACUCCAUUUUAUGACUCCAUAUGUAAACAGCUGAAUGUUUCUUAUCAUUUUAAUCCAGAGGUAUCUCAGUACCAUUUUGGACCUUACCAUCCUAUGAAGCCGUUUCGUCUUAUGCUUACAGACCACUUGGUAAUUUCCUACAAGUUGUACGAGAAGAUGGACUUGUAUACCCCCCGCCGAGCGACUAAGGAAGAACUAUUGGAGUUCCAUUCUGACGAUUACAUUGACUUUUUGGCCAAAGUCACACCAGAAACCGUAACCAAAUUACCAGAAUCAACACUUGCACACUUUAAUAUAGGAGACGAUUGUCCUGUUUUCGACGGCAUGUACGACUACUCGACCAUAUACGCCGGGGCGACCCUAGAUGCUCUGCGUAAGCUUAUUAGUGGCAUGUCAGAUAUUGCGAUAAAUUGGUCGGGAGGACUUCACCAUGCCAAAAAGUACGAACCUAGUGGGUUUUGUUAUGUGAACGAUAUCGUUCUCAGUAUCAUCAAUCUUUUGCGUGUACAUCCCCGAGUGAUGUACAUAGAUAUAGAUUUACAUCAUGGUGAUGGUGUACAAGAAGCGUUUUAUGCUACAGAUAGAGUGAUGACGGUAUCGUUUCACAAAUAUAAUGGGGAAUUCUUUCCAGGGACAGGGUCCAUAGACGAACGAGGAAUGGACAAGGGCAAGAAUUUCGCCAUUAAUGUGCCAUUGAAGGAUGGUAUUGAUGAUGAGAGUUAUGUGCGAUUAUUUAAGCUGAUCAUGGAACCUUUGAUCACCAAGUUCCAACCCACAUGUAUCGUGCAACAAUGCGGAGCAGAUUCCUUGGGCUAUGACCGAUUGGGCUGCUUCAAUUUGAAUAUCAAGGCACAUGGUGAGUGUGUCAAAUUUAUCAAGUCGUUCGAAAUUCCAAUGCUUGUUCUAGGUGGAGGAGGAUACACUCCUCGUAACGUUUCUCGUCUUUGGUGUUACGAGACGUCUGUGCUCACAGAUGUAACAUUGAACCAUAAAAUCCCCAAUUAUCUUCCAUCCUACGAUUGGUUUGGCCCUGACUUUUCACUCCAUCCACAACUUGACGGCCGAAUAGACAACAAAAACUCCAAAAAAUAUCUCGAGAGUGUGAAACAAGAUAUCCUAGAGCAACUACGCUACUUGGCUUAUGCCCCAAGUGUACAAAUGCAAGAGAUUCCACCAGACAUCACCGGACUAACUGAGGACGAAGACCAAAUAAUAAAAGAGCUCAAUGAAGAACAAGACGGAACCAGGGAAACACAAAACACAAAAGAUGAAGCCAGGGUGGGCGAACUAAGAGAAUAA